AUGAUUCUUUCAGUUCUUAAUUCAGCAGAUGUCACUCUGUUGACAUCAACAUUUGUGUUGGUGAAGUCUUUACUCUUCAUCAUCCCUCAAUUGGUCACACAGCAGUACGACACUUCCUCGCAGCUUUUGUUCACAUCGACACAGGUGCCCUGGAUAGCAAACUACGUUCUUCCGCGAUUUCUAGUCUGGGAUACCGUCUUCUUCAUCAAAAUUGCGCAGCGCGGAUAUAUAUACGAGCAGGAAUGGGCGUUUAAUGGUUGGCUCUGGACGGGCACUAUAAGGGUGGUUGGAGACAUUUAUAUUUACGCAAUUGCAGUGAUUAUAAUAGCUCAUGCGUUUCACUACCUGGCAGUUGUUACCCUUUAUAUCGCGUCCACUUACGUCGAGAAAUUCAUUCGCCCGGCUAAAUCGAACACAGUCAAAAAGGGUCGUCGAUCAAUGUUUCCACUGCUUUCAGCGUUACUAUUUAUCAUCUCUCCCGGCGGAAUUUUUAUGUCGGCCGGUUAUUCCGAGACGCUGUUUGCAUAUUUCUCUUUCUUGGGAAUUGUGUUUCGGGAGGCCAAUUUCCACGUCCUGGCGGGUGUAUCAUUUGCGAUUACCGCAUGUAUUCGCGGAAAUGGAAUUCUUUGGGGAAUCGUUUUCCUGAACGAUCUGUACGAGUCAUUUAUCGUUCGCAGGAAAUACGGUAAAUCAAUUGGCAUCAUCGUCGGUGGAAGUUUGGUGGGAGCUGGAUUCUUGAGUGGUCAAGUGUUUGCGUACUGCAGGUACUGUCCUGGCCGGGAGUGGUGCGAAGCCAUGCCGCCAUUGAUCUACAAGUUCGUGCAGAGCUAUUACUGGGACAACGGUCUUUUCAAAUACUGGAGAACUUGGCAGAUUCCCAACUUCUUCUUCGCAUUUCCGACUUGGUUCUUAUUUUAUCGAUCAUUCCAGCGCUAUGCCGGAGUCUCGCAUUUGCGACCGUAUGUUAUAAUACAGGCACUGAUGGGCAUAAUGAGUCUGCUGCUAUGGCACGUACAGAUCAUCACCAGAGUCGGUACCUGUAUGCCGCUUGUGUACUGGUAUGUCGCAGAACGGAGACACGAGGGAUUAUGGGAGGUUCGUUAUAUGAUAACUUGGAUUGGGGUGCAAGCAGUCUUAUUUGCUUCAUUUAUUCCGCCAGCAUAG